GUUACAUACUUGGAUGCACAAUGGGAGGAAAGACUGCUUUCAGUAUGCCUGUUGAUCAGGCACUUCGCGAAGUAAAGCGGCUGAUUGAUGAGUGCCAAUUUGCUGAGGCGAGUCGUCUAUGUCUUCAGGCUAUACGCGUCCAUGGCGGUGUAAAUGCAUUUUACCGUGCUAAAUGUUACUGCGACCUACAGCUUCGUAGGUGGCAUUCAUGCCUAGAGACUGUCCGAUGGUUACACAACUAUAUGGACCAUCCUUCGAUAGCCGAUGUGAGUAGCAAGCGGUGUCCCAAGCGUCUGCGCACUGAGGCUCGUGAACGUCGUGCCGAGGAGAAUGUUGAUUUGGUUAAUGUGCUUCGUGAAGCUGCCGGGCCUCAUAUAAUCAAUGGAGAGUGCCAAUGGCUUCACUUCGAGCAAGCCUAUUGUUAUUACAAAAUGGGUCAUUUUGAAUCGGCCUUUACUUCCUUACGUUUAUGUUCAUCUGGAGAGCGUCCGUUUGACUUGCACAAGCCUUCGUCUGCUUCGAGUGUAGAUUCAUCAACUGAAGCUAAUAUAACCCUUGAUCGUAGUUUGUCUCCGAAGUAUAACUACCUUUUAGCUCAGGUUUAUGUACGUUUAGGACGAUUCGAAUCAGCGCGUGAUUUAUACACAGCUGGGCAGAGCUCUUCGCAGGACCCUUUGGUCUCUCUGAAUUUGUUGAGUACCAAUUUGCAUGUGGUAUCGAGCCUUGAUCACGACGGUAAGGAGGCUAUAUUUACUGCCAUUAACCGUGAUAUUGACAUGAAGGUUGGUGAGAUAGACUCUUUGAGCUACGAAUAUACCUUCAAUUGGUCCAUUUCUAAGUUACUGGAAUGUGAUUACAGUAAAUCCGAGAUGUAUUUAGAUCUUUCUGAGGAGAGUUUGUCUGCUGAGUUGAAGAACGACUUGGGAGAGUUACCUGCUUUGCGUAACCAACCUGAGUUCAUGCCAUUGGAUGCCUUACGUGUAUUCCUAUUGCACAAACGUGGUAAUGACGACUUAGCUAGAACUAGGAACGAGGCCUUACUGUCAACAUAUGGUGAAGCUGAUGGUGUUGACCCUGGCACUAUGCUGAUUGUGUUGAACAAUUGCUUGUGCUUAUUACCGAAGGGUCAAUCAUUUACAGAGUUAUCUAAUUUGGAGGCUUUAUUGAAACGGCGCAAUGUGGUUUGCAAGUUCGGUCGCAAUGAACUUCUGGAUGUCCAUCAUAAUAUGGUUGCUCAUUUAAUUGACUCCGGUGAUAUUACUGGCUCUAGAGCACACAUACGUAAAUUCAUGGACCGAUUGCGUAAUGAAGAAGUAUUGCAUCACAGUAUUGCCUGCGCUGACUAUGUUGAGGGCAAGAUCGAUGCCAGUAUCAGCACACUAAAGCGUGGUAUAUUAGUUCAUCCGCGCAGCAUGCUGUUAAUACGUUCCUUACUUUAUGUGCUAAUAUCGGCGCGCAGAUACAAAUGUGCCUUACGCGCCCUUCAGGAGUAUGGUCACAUAUUGAAAAAAUGCGAGACCCCUGUGUUAUACUGGUCUAUUUUACUUCAUUGUCACAUUUAUAUGGGCAACGCACAGGGUGUUUUAGAUGCACUCACUCAUUUGGUGGAUGAAUGUUCUUUUGCUGAAUCUUCAGAAGCCAUUAAGCGUGGUUGCAGCUUCCUUGAAUCGCAUGAUAUGCAUAAUGAAGCCCUAUCAAUCUACCACAAGUUAUAUAGUUCAAACCCGGACAAUAUAUCGGUAUAUUGUGGUGUUUUGUUUAACGAGUCUCAUCUACCACAAUCUCACGAGUCUGCUGUGUCUUUGGAAUCAAAGUUACUAGACCCUUUCUUCAGCGAGUUGCGGUUCAUUGACGCUGAAGAGUUGGAGUCUGCGGGCGAACUAACGUAUGUUCAGCAGGUAAUUGAGGUUAACAAGCCCAGCAAGACACGCAAGCGCCGUCGUAGGCACACAGUGGACACCUCUCGUGGUCCACCGGAUCCCGAACGUUGGCUUCCCAAGUACGAACGCAGUGCUUUUAAGAAGCAGCUUAAACGCAAGAAAGAGAUGGUAAAGGGUCAUAGUCAGGGUGCUACUUCUGAUGUGGGCGCAUCGAAGCCUACCAGUGGUACCAUUCAUGCCGAAUCUUCUAACAUGCGCCGUCGACGCAACAAGAAGAGGUAAGCUUUUGGCGGAUUCAAUCCACCAAGC